AUGCCCCGCAAGCGACAUGUGAGUGACAAGAUCGACGACAUUCUCCUGAGCUUCUUUGAUGGUGUUGCAUCAGCCGGCCUCAUAUGUGAUGAGAUAAUUUCGCAGAAGCAGCAGCGGUGGAAGGGGUUUGCGUGGGAAACCGAUAAGGACUUGAAGUCCUUGUUAGAAGAGAAGUUUCCGCAGAUGCAGCACCGUGGCGACAUAGAUGCUGACGAUCCUGCCAGCCUAAUCAGUGCCUUGCAUGCCAUCGACCCCUCCUCGAAUGCCACCAUCAUUGUCGCGGCAGGGGCGCCCUGUCCGGACUACAGCAGGAUCAGAGCGAACGCUCCUGGGGUGAGUGGUGAUGAAGGGUGCAAGUUUCUGCGAUUCGCUGCCUUCCUCAAAGAAUUGGAAGCAUCGUGGAGUUAUGCGCAGGCCAUCCUCAUCGUUGAGAACGUAGUGCCGGAUAACAAGCGUGAUGUGAAAUUCUUCGAAGAGAAGUUGUCUGCGCAAGCGGUGAUCUAUGAUUCGGUUGACUUGGGCGUGAUCUCGCGGCCUCGUGUGUGGUGGACCCGUUUGCCUUGGCAGGAGCUAAGCAACCGCAAAGACCUCCCUAGGCGCUUGCGAUGGAGUACUUACUUUGGCGUGCCUAAAGUAGCUUUUGAGCAGCCUAAGGACAACCUCGACUCGUAUGACCUAGGCAAUCUUCGAUGGCCAGCCAAUGUUGCAAAGCAAAUCCGACCUCUUCCAUGCCUCACAACUCCUGCAGAUGACCCAGCCGGGCGACCAGCCCCAAGGAGCUGCCGUGGCAAAGUGGACUCGCAGACCCAGUCACGCUGGCUUGAUGACAAUCGGCGAUAUGCCCCGUGGCAUUACGAGGAAGACAACAUGUUUGUUGACACCCGUGACCAUCAACGUCUGACGCUCGCCACGGCCGAGAUCAAAGAGCAGCUGCAUCACCUACCAGUUGGGUGGACUGCCAUAGCUAACGGAUGGCGCCUGGGCAUUGCUAAAUGGUUCUUCAUCUUCGGGAUCUUUUGCGCGCAAGUAUCAUCCCCUCAUGCUGCAAUCGUGUUGGAGUCUCCGCGUUGGCAACCUCCACCGUUGGGCAGUUCGGCUAUCGCAACGAUGGCAACAUUGUGGGUGUCGGCGCCGCUGCUGAAUGGGCCAGGCGUCCCCGUCUUUGAUGAUGCGUUGGACUUCUCUGCCAUCGACAACAUGAUGGAACACUGGCAGGCAAGCCAGACAGCUCUACACCCUGGACAGUCUGCGCCGUGUCUGGAGCCGGGGCUAGCGCAGUGGCUACCCUUGUGGCAGCAUGGGCGGCCACAUCUCCCAACGCUGCGCCAGGCAGUUGCAGAAGAAGUAGUACAGCUGGUGGAGGACCGCCAGGAAGAGGUGCUGCGGUGGCACACGACUCUGGAGCCUCACGUGCAAUCAGCGUACAGUGGCAAGAGCGGAAAAUGCACCAUGCAGCUUCCUAUCAUUGUAGCUUUGGCAGCGCAGUUCGGCUGGGGCGACAUGGCCUUGUUUGAAGAGAUGCAGAGCGGCUUUCCCCUUCUGGGCGCGGUGCGUCCUGGACUUGGAUGGCGUCUGCGAAGUGAUGCUCGCUACGCAACGCCCAAAGACUUAGCAGCAUUCUUUGUAGAAAACCAUGACUUCGUGCAGCAAAGACUUCGCCGCGGCAAAGUUGACCCUUGUUGGCAAGCGAUGGCCGAAGAGAUAGCUGCUGACGUGGCCAUAGGUCGCAUGGAAGGUCCCUUUGAGGCGCCUGCGUCAUGGUGCAAGCAAGCAGGGCCUUUGCCGAUGUUCGCCCACGCCGCAAAAUUGUUGCCUGCGCCUAGCGGUCAAGCUCCGUGCUCCUUUGCCUUUGCUGUUCAUCAGGUUGGUUCCGAUGGCGACGAGAAGAUCAGAAGAGCGGAGGAUUGGCGGCGAUCUGGCACCAAUGCAACAGUGGGCGUGCCCGACACACCAGCGUACCAUGGCAUUGAUGCAUUCAUUCACCUUGCCAGAGCUCUGCGCCGGGUGUCUAAGCAGCAUGGUUUGCAGUUGUGGGGCUUGGAUCACGAGGCCGCCUACCGUCAGCUCCCCGUAGAGAACCCCUGCCGCACGUACGUAAUCCUCAACACCCCUCAAGGGCCAACGGAGACGGAGGAGCUGGCCGACAGCGGGUUUCUCAGCGCAAAGACGCUGUGCGGUGCGCUGGGCCUGAAGUUUAAGGACAGCAAGGCACAGCCGCCGGCCCGGCAGCAAAAGAUCCAAGGGGUGAUCCUUGACCUUGGCGACAACGACGUGACCGUGGCGAUGACCCCGGAGCGUGCAGAGCGCAUUGACAACCAGCUUAAGCAGAUCCUUCUGGACAACCACGUAACGCCGCGUGAGGCGUCGUCCUUGGCAGGCAAGUUGCAGUUUGUGGUGCAGUCCCUCUUCGGUAAGGAUUGGCAGCUGACAGAUGGACUGAAGGAGGCACUCGCCUUCAUGCGGAUGAAACUGCAGACGAGCAAGCCGCGCGUGCUCUGCUACGAGGUGACAGAGCGGGCCGUGAUCUACGCUGACGCUUUCUUCGAGCUUGAAGGGAAGCGAUACAAGACCGCGGACCAUGAUGAGGUUCCGAGCUGGGGGAAUAGGCCACCAGCAUCGUUCAGGAAUGCUUGGGGCUUUGUAGUAAGGACAAGCGGAAGAACUUUCUUUGCUGCAGGAAGUGUUCCCUUCUGGUUCAGUCGGCAUUUUGCACCCAAGCGAGCCUACAUUUACAUGUUAGAAAUCGUUGCCCAACUUGUACCGCUACUAGCUCUUCAGACAGCCUUGCCAACUCACAUCUUACUGUUCAUUGACAAUGAGCCAGCGCGACGCGCGCUGACGAAGGGCUUCGGGAACUGCAAGAACUUGAACCGACUUCUGCAGGUUGCGUGGUGCCUUUUUGAAAAGCAGGGAUGGUGGCCAGUGUGGCAGCGCGUCAUGAGCUCUGCGACUGUCAGUGACGGGGUGAGCCGCUUUGACUUUGCCUUUGCCGAGAAACAUGGAUGGGAGUGGUGCUCCAGCGAGUAUGAUGCACUGUUCCAGCGGCUACUGAGUGCUGUUCUUGCUUUUCCUGAGGGAGAAUUGUAG